CAGUGCGCUGUUUUGAAGCGCUUCCAUCGGCCAUUGGAUGCUAUGCCUGUUUCAUUGCUCGUGACGUCAUGGACAAUUCCCUGGACUUCAUUCUGUGGAGGGAGUCGGAGGCUGCUGCAGGAAGCGAAGCUCAGGAGAUCACAGCCCGGAUAAGCUACACCGGGGACUGCCGUGGGAAGUUGCAUUUUUGUACAUAUAAACACAAGACGGGCUAUACAGAUUGAUUCGCAUUCUAGAGCCUGUAGAGCGGUGCCAUGGAGGAUGGGAAGCCGGUGUGGGCCCCACACCCAACAGAGGGGUUCCAGUUGGGCACCAUCGUGGACAUCGGAGCGGACAGCCUCAGCAUCGAGCCGCUGAAGGGGAAGGGGAAGCCCUUUCUGGCUCCGGUCAACCAGGUGUUCCCAGCGGAGGAUGAUCCACACAAACAUGUAGAGGACAACUGUUCCUUGAUGUACUUGAAUGAAGCCACACUCCUGAAUAAUGUCCGCAUUCGCUACAGCAAAGACAAAAUCUAUACGUAUGUGGCUAACAUCCUGAUAGCAGUGAAUCCGUACGUUGACCUCCCCAAGCUGUACGCUCCAGAUGCCAUCACGCAGUACCGAGGCAGGUCUCUGGGCACGCUUCCUCCCCAUGUCUACGCCAUCGCGGAUAAAGCCUACCGGGAUAUGAAGGUGCUGAAGAUGAGCCAGUCCAUCGUUGUGUCGGGAGAGUCUGGGGCUGGAAAAACAGAGAACACCAAAUUUGUACUUCGGUACCUCACCACAUCCUACGGAACAGGUCAAGACAUCGAUGAAAGGAUAGUAGAAGCAAACCCCUUGCUGGAAGCUUUUGGAAACGCCAAGACUGUCAGGAACAACAACAGCAGUCGCUUUGGGAAGUUUGUGGAAAUCCACUUCCAAAAGAAUGCGGUGGUGGGGGGCUUCGUGUCUCACUACCUGCUGGAGAAGUCCCGGAUCUGCCGGCAGGGGCAGGAGGAGCGCAACUACCACAUCUUCUACCGGCUGUGUGCCGGGGCUUCGGAGGACAUCCGGCAGAAGUUCUACCUCGGCUCCCCAGACACCUACAGGUACUUGAAUCGUGGAUGCACUCGCUACUUUGCCAACAAGGAAACCGACAAACAGAUCCUUCAGAACCGCAAGAGUCCUGAGCACAUGAAGGCAGGCCCGCUGAAGGACCCUCUGCUGGACGACCAGGGCGACUUCAACCGGAUGUCCGGGGCCAUGAAGAAGAUCGGCCUGGACGACACGGAGAAGCUGGACCUGUUCCGUGUGGUGGCCGGCGUGCUGCACCUGGGCAACGUGGACUUUGAGGAGGCCGGCAGCACCUCAGGUGGCUGCACCAUCAGGAACCAGUCGAGCCAGACGCUGGAGCACUGUGCCGAGCUCCUGGGGCUGGACGAGGAGGACCUGCGCGUCAGCCUCACCUCCCGGGUCAUGCUCACGUCAGCAGGGGGCGCCAAAGGCACAGUCAUCAAGGUGCCCUUGAAGGUGGAGCAGGCGAACAACGCCCGCGACGCGCUGGCCAAGGCCGUGUACAGCCGACUCUUCGACCACGUGGUGACGCGGGUCAACCAGUGCUUCCCCUUCGACUCCUCGGACAACUUCAUCGGCGUGCUGGACAUCGCUGGUUUCGAGUACUUUGAGCACAACAGCUUUGAACAGUUCUGCAUCAACUACUGCAAUGAGAAGCUGCAGCAGUUCUUCAACGAGCGCAUCUUAAAAGAGGAACAAGAGCUCUAUCAGAAAGAGGGGCUUGGAGUGAAUGAGGUCCACUAUGUUGACAAUCAGGACUGCAUUGACCUUGUGGAGGCCAAGCUGCGUGGCAUUCUGGAUAUUCUGGAUGAAGAGAACCGUCUACCUCAACCCAGUGACCAGCACUUCACUGAGAUGGUGCACAGCAAACACAAGGACCACUUCCGUCUGACUGUGCCCAGGAAGUCCAAGCUGGCCGUGCACAGGAAUGUUCGCGAUGAUGAAGGUUUCAUCGUCAGGCACUUUGCUGGAGCUGUCUGCUAUGAAACGACCAAGUUUGUGGAGAAGAACAACGAUGCACUGCACAUGUCCUUGGAGGUUCUGGUCAGCGAAUCCAAAGACCGCUUCGUGCGGGGGCUCUUUGAGAACUCCAACAACACCAAGGACUCCAAGCAGAAGGCCGGCAAGCUCAGCUUCAUCAGCGUGGGCAACAAAUUCAAGACCCAGCUGAAUAUCUUGUUGGAGAAGCUGCGCAGCACUGGUUCCAGCUUCAUCCGCUGUGUCAAGCCCAACCUGAAGAUGGUGGCUCACCAGUUUGAGGGCGGUCAGAUUCUCUCCCAGCUGCAGUGCUCAGGGAUGGUGUCUGUCCUAGACCUCAUGCAGGGGGGGUUCCCCUCUCGCGCCCCCUUCAGUGAGCUCUACAACAUGUACAAGCAGUACAUGCCAGCCAAGCUCACCCGCCUCGACCCAAGACUCUUCUGCAAGGCUCUGUUCAAAGCCCUCGGUCUGAAUGAGAAGGACUACAAGUUUGGGCUGACCAAAGUCUUCUUCCGACCUGGAAAGUUUGCGGAGUUCGACCAGAUCAUGAAGUCGGACCCAGACCACCUGGCCGAGCUGGUGAAGCAGGUCAACAAGUGGCUGAUCUGCAGCCGCUGGAAGAAGUGCCAGUGGUGUGCACUGUCUGUCAUCAAACUGAAGAAUAAGAUGCUGUACCGAGCCAGUGCUUGCAUCAAGAUGCAGAAGACGGUGCGCAUGUGGCUUUGUAAGAGGAAGCACAAGCCCAGGAUCGAUGGGCUUGUAAAAGUGCGUAACCUGAAGACGAGGAUGGACAAGUUUAAUGAGGUGGUGGCCGGUCUGAAGGAAGGUCAGCAGGAGAUGCGCAAACAGAUCCAGGAGCUGGACGCCUCCAUUAACGCCCUCAUGGUCAAGAUCAAGAGCACGGUGAUGACGCGCAUCGAGAUUGACCACGAGCACCAGGCGCUGGUCACCCGCUCGCAGCAGCUGCUCAGCUCCAUGCAGAAGAAGAAGCAGGAGGAGGAGGAGCGGGAACGCCUCAUGCGCAUCCAGGAGGAGAUGGAGCGCGAGAAGAAGAGGAGAGAGGAGGAGGAGGACCGACGCAAGCAGGAGGAGGAAGAGCGCCGCCUGAAAGCAGAGAUGGAGGUGAAGAGGAAGCAGGAAGAGGAAGAGAGGAAAAAGAGGGAAGAGGAGGAGAGAAAGCUGCAGGUGGAGAUGGAGAUCCAGAUGGAGGCGGAGCGCGAGGAGGUGGCCGCGCGGCAGGCCGUCCUGGAGCAGGAGCGCCGCGACCGGGAGCUCGCCAUGAGGAUCGCCCAGAGCGAGGCCGAGCUCAUCCCAGAGGAGACCCAAGUGGAUGCCGGUCUGCGCAGUAAUGGCUCAAGUGUUCCAUCAUCCCCAGAGAGUGUGAAUGUUCCUGGACAACAAAAGAUGAAGGGUUUGACCAUGGAGCAAAUGGCCAAGGAAAUGUCUGAACUUCUCGCUCGGGGCCCACUGGUGCAGGCAACUAAGGCUGCUGCCGGCACCAAGAAGUACGAGCUGAGCAAAUGGAAGUAUGCUGAGCUACGAGACGCCAUCAACACGUCCUGUGACAUUGAGCUGUUGGCUGCCUGUAGAGAAGAGUUCCAUCGCCGUCUGAAGGUUUACCAUGCCUGGAAAUCAAAGAACAAGAAGCGCAAUACAGAAACUGAGCAGAGGGUUCCCAAGUCCAUCACAGACUAUGCCCAGCAGAACCCCGCUCCACCCAUCCCGGCGCGGCAGCAUGAGAUCGCCAUGAACCGACAGCAGCGCUACUUCCGCAUCCCGUUCAUCCGGCCAGGCGAUCCGCACAAGGACCUGCAGGGCAAGAAGAAGGGCUGGUGGUACGCCCACUUCGACGGGCCCUGGAUCGCCCGGCAGAUGGAGCUGCACCCCGACAAACACCCAAUUCUGCUGGUGGCGGGUAAAGAUGAUAUGGAAAUGUGUGAGUUGAGUCUAGAGGAGACGGGUCUGACACGGAAGCGUGGAGCAGAGAUCCUGGCGCGCCAGUUUGAGGAGAUCUGGGAGCGGUGCGGAGGCAUCCAGUACCUCCGGAGCGCCAUCGAGAGUCGGCAAGCCAGACCCACCUAUGCCACCGCCAUGCUGCAGAGCAUGCUCAAAUAGAGCCAUGCACAAUAAAUACACACACACUCACACACACACACAUAUAUACAUACAUAUACAAAAACACACUCUUACAGACACACACACACACACACACACACACACACACACAAAGGUCUCUUGCUAGAUCAAAGGGAAGAAUGCCGCUUCUAACAUAGCCAGCAUUCAGAAACAAAUAAUGGUUUGAUUGGUGGGCAUUCCCAGUCAUGUAAGGACGUUUUUUUUUUUUCUUUGUUUGUUUGUUUUUUUUUUUUUUUUUUUUUGGUUAAUUGACUGUAUGUGUUUUUAAUGCUGUUGGUCUUUUCAGCAUUCUGUUUGCAUCAUUUGUUUUCAUUUUCAUUUUUGCAGUGAAUCAGAUGCAGAUCCAUACUUGUCAUGCAAACGUGGCGCGGUCUUCAGUACGCAUCUACGACUUUAAACUACGAGGCCUUAAUGACUAGUCACGACAGGGUAGUUGCCGGAGGUCGGCCGUUUUAAUCUCUGCCUCUUCUAGUGGGACCGCAAUAUUACACCUCCCCGUCCCAAACUAACAGCACCCCUCUGCAUCUGUGAACACUCUGCAGCGAGUGCGUCUUCAGCAGACGUCUUAACUGGACUCGCUUACCAAUAAGCUGUUUACAUGUUUGCAUUUAUGUCUGCAGCGUAGCGAAAGUAAUGGUUGGGAACUAAGGGCCGUGAGUUUCAUAGGUUAUAGACACGAUACGCAUUCCGUUCUCAACCGUAGCACAUUCUGACAUCAGCCUGUGCAGUGCGCUUGAUUCCAUCUGUUUUGAAAUAGUGCGUGUAGACCUGUGAACCUCCCGUCUGCUUCUCCCACUGCUUUGGCCUUACUGCAUAAACAUAUACUGUACGUUUCCUUCCAAUUUUGCACAUAUUCUGUUAAGCAGUUAAUAAUAAUAAUAAGGUUGAUGAUGAUUAAUAAUAUUAAUAAUUACAAUAAUGCACUGAACAACCAAUGGAUUCCGAUUUUCGUUUUUUUUUUUUUUUUUUUUUUCAUGUACAUUUGAACAGUGACCUCUGAAGAGAUUACACAUAGAGAGAUAUCCCAACAGGGUUGAGCGCCAUUAAAAUACAAGGCUAUAUA